AUGAAUCCCACAACAACAGAACACGACUAUCGCUUCCCGCGGAGGCCUGACGACCCAUUCGCCAUUACGUCGCAGUCCCAGGCGCAUUCCAAGGCCAGCCCGAGCGAAUUGCCCGCCGGUCUCCGGGAUCUCAGGCUCGACCUCUCUACUGCGUUGUAUCCGAAUGCGCAGGACGACCUUUUGCAAAAAUCGGCAUUUUCCCCUUUCCAACAAUCGGCCAUGGACUCCAGCCAGAGCCCCGAGGAGAUGCAGAAGGAGGACCCUCUGGCGAUUCUCGUCUGGAAGUUCUUCAGCAAGACAAAGCAGAUGCUGCCCAACCAGAAGCGCGUGGAGAAUUUGACAUGGAGAAUGAUGUCUGUCAAUUUGCGCAAGAAGCAGCAGGAGGAGGAGAGAGCAAGACUCGCUCGAUCUGCGCCGGCACAUGCACCACAAGCUCAUGCGGCCGCUACCUUCAAUGUCAACGCACCCAGCGGUAUUGCUCAAUUGCGCAAGUCUUCGGAACAAAACGUCAACCACCCAGAGCCCAUGAACCUCGACGACUUUAUCUUUUCCGACAACAUUUCCACGCCUGUCACGAACCCUUCCCCUCAACCGCACAAGCAAAACGAAGAGAGGAGCCAGAUGCAGCAGCCCUUCACUUCCGCGAUUCCCAUCAAAUCCCGCAAGGACUCGGUCGCGCAGCAGCACUUUGUGCCGCAGUCGGUCCCGUUCCCUCCUCACCACCAAAAGACUCAGGACGAAUUCAACUACAUUACUCGGCAUCACCGUAAAACGAGUAUCGACGAACGAAGGACCCGUAAACGUCCCGCCGACUUCUCCCCUCAGGUGCCCGCCGUCAACAGCAACACAAACACGCCCAAUGACUUGGAUGCGGAUUCAGAGCUUCAUGAAUAUUCCCUCGAUAACGCCAACCAAGCCAACAUGACGCAGAACCCGCAUCAGGCGGGUGUCCCCUUCCCCUUGGAUACCUACAUCGAGAACGACCCUAUCAUCACAUCUGCAGGCCCCUUCCAGCAGAACUUCUCCUUCUCCCCUUCCACCUCCCCCAUGAUAUCCCAUGGCCCGUUUUCCAACGUCUACAACAAUUCUGCGGUUCAGUCUUCUUCGCUGAACCCGUCAGAUUUUUAUUCUCCCCCAGGAUCGGCUUAUCAUUCCACUGUCUCAACGCCGCACGCCAUGCCCGAUAACGACAACUUCUACUUUGGAUCGAUGGAUAUUCGCGGCCAGAGGUCGCAAGCCUUCCGUCCGGGAUCCCAGAACAUGGGAAACCAAAUGAAUCAACAAUUCAUGUACAACAACACGAACGGGAACCCGAUGUUCCCUGCAUCGGCUCCCACGACCGACUCGGUGUCUGCCUUCAGCACAGCACCCAGCCCAUUUGGACACAUCGACCCGACGCAAGUCUUCCAGUCUGACCAUCCUGUUCGCUCUCCUGGUAUGUCUUUGCCCAACGAGGGCAUGUUCAGCUUUGGUGCCGACUCGGACGAGGAGGAGGGCGGGGCAUUUGCCGAUCGCAACAUGGUUAUGACCCAAGACUUCUCACCUGGCGCUAUGGAUGAUGGUAGCAGCCUCGGCUGGGAUCCAUCGCUUCCGGGUCAGUACAGCACGCAAGCUGCACGAUACCCCGGUGGACCACCUCGCAAGCAAGUUACUAUCGGCGGCACCACGACAGACUACGUUGAGAACAACGACUGGGAGGGUGGCAACCUACCGCGGUCUCAGUCGCAAUCAUUCCGUCAAGGAUCCGACAGGAGAGGCGGGAAGGUCCCCCGCACGGCAUCUACACCAGCGGGGCACCUGGGGAGGAACGGAAACCCCUUCGAUCGAAUGGCUCAAUCCUCUCCGAACUCGCCCCCAGAAAACAACGGCACUGUGUCUGGUUACUCUUCUGUCGCUCCAAGCAGACCCUCGUCGCCGCCGGGCUCGAAGAACGGCUCUACGACCAACUUGCAGGCGGCCGCGGGCAACCAAGGGGAGGGUGGCACACCGACGACGUGUACGAACUGCUUCACGCAGACAACACCGUUGUGGAGACGAAACCCCGAGGGUCAGCCGCUAUGCAAUGCUUGCGGUCUGUUCCUGAAGCUUCACGGUGUUGUGCGGCCACUGAGCUUGAAAACGGACGUUAUCAAGAAGAGAAACCGUGGAUCGGGAGCGAGCUUACCUGUUGGCGGCACUAGCACGAGAUCAAAGAAGAAUGCUGCCAGUGCUGGAGUCGGCUCGAGAAAGAACUCGACUCUCGCCAUCUCGUCUACUCCCAUCACCAACAACGUUACGACGCCGCCAGCCCCUGCUCGGGCUGGCAGUGCGAAUGAAGUCGAGAGCCCCGCGAGUGGAGCCCCAUCUGGAGGCAAUACUGCCGGCAGCACGCCGACGAGCUUCGGAACGGGUUCGUCUAAUGGUGCUGUUGCUGGCGGGAAGGGCGUCGUGCCGAUUGCUGCCGCGCCGCCCAAGAACACGCCUGGCCCAGGCGCCGCAUCCCUCCCGCGGAAUGCGGGUACAUCUUCUUCCUCUGGUUCUUCAAAACGCCAAAGGCGCCACAGCAAGAGUGCUGGAAGUGACCUUGCAGGUAUGGAAGUCGACAGCCCCGAAAACUCAACGGGCUCGCCCAACGAGGCGGCGAAAUCUAUUGGGUCGACGGGUUUUACCCCCAUGUCAACAACAGGCUCUCUUGGUCUUGCAAAUGGUCUCGGCAUGUCGCAACGUCCCAUGAUGAGUUCAGGCGUGAUGGGAAUGCCUGGUGCGCAAAACGGUCCAAUGAUGAACCCAGGAGGGCCAGCAUCCGGCCCGCAAGAAUGGGAAUGGCUCACGAUGAGCUUGUAA